AACACCACUACGCAUGCUAAUAUCGACAAAAGGCUAAAGCGUGUUGGUCACUGAAAACCAAUAAUUUAGAAAUUGCUGUUCUGAAAGUCUAACGUGUUUUCUGCUCACAUCGGAUUCAACCGUCACAAGUAAGGUAAGCUCAGUGAUAAUCAUCAAAUUCAUCCGAAUGUUUUAUCAUCAGUGAAAUCGAACAAAUCGACGUUAUCAAGGGCUAUAAAAUAAUAACAUCUUCAGUAAACGGAAUCAGUUUACAGUUAGAGACAGUGUCCAACAUGCCAAAUAUUCGACCUCUUUGUCCUGAACUGGCACGGAAGGCCCGAGAGGAACUCCACGAAAUUCCAGAACGUUUGGAUGAUGACCUGGCGGCGCUACGAGCAUGGUUGGCGAAAUGCCCUCACAUCAAAUCGCGCACUGACGAUCAGUUCCUUGUGACAUUUUUGCGCGGAGGCAAACACAGUUUAGAGCGCGCCAAGGAGAAACUUGACUUGUAUUAUAGUGUGCGUACUGCUUUACCUGAAUUAAUGAAAAACCGGGAUCCGUCCAAUAAGAAAAUGGCAACGCUUAUGAGACUUGGAAGUGCUGUACCCCUGCCAACGACAGAAACUCCGGACGGUCCUCGUAUUUUGUUAAUCAAACCUGGAGCCUACAAUCCAGACGAUUACACUAUACAGGAGGUAUUCAAAUUCAACUGUAUGAUGGGAGAUAUUUUGCUGAAAGAAGACGAUAACUUAGGAAUAGCGGGACAAGUCGGCAUCCUCGACUUAGCAAACACCAAGAUGGCACACUUCUUACAAUUUAGUCCGACCUUUGUGAAGAAAAUUACUAUGCUGAGUCAGGAGGCUUCACCACUGCGUUUGAAGGGCUUCCAUUACAUCAACACUCCACCAGGAUUCGAAACGGUAUAUAAUAUGUUUAAAGGAUUCAUGAACGAGAAAAAUCGAUCGCGUUUACACGUGCACGGGAGUAAUAUGGAAUCAUUGUACAAGCACAUUCCCAGACGGCUUCUACCGGAAGAAUAUGGUGGUGAAGCAGGUCCCUUGCAGGAGCUUGCAAAUCAAUGGGCAAAAAAAAUUGAAAGCUACCAGGACUACUUCAAAGAAGACGAACAGUACGGAACAACGGAAAGUAAACGACCGGGAAAACCGAAGAAUGCAGAAAGUCUGUUUGGAAUUGAGGGAUCUUUCAGGAAGCUGGAAGUAGACUGAAAAUAAAAAUGAUUCAAAAGAUCCAUGGCACAAAAA